GAAGCCCGAGGCGGAGAGGGGAAGCACUCAGUGCAAUAGUUAUGUGCGAUGAUAAUUCCAUGCGGUACUGCAAAGCCUUCCUGCGACGUCGGUUGGCCUACGGCCCCCGAGGUUCAAAGCGGGAACGAGCGGCCUCGCACCCGGACGGAGAGGAGCAAGGCGCGUCUGCGCGGGAGCACUUGUGGCCGCUGGGGCGCCACACGCAGUGCGAAGAGUUGAGGAGGGUGCUCCGGCGAACGAUCUUCGACCGACAGAGCCAGAGCGCCCUCCUUCUCGGCAACACCGGCACGGGCAAGUCUCUGGUCCUCGAUAGCGUACUCCGUAGCCUGGCGCAGGAAGCGUCAUCCCUCGAGAAAGCGAAGGGUGCGACGGCAGCGGCGUCGGCGGAGCAAGGGAAGCGAAAGAGGCAGAAAAAGAAUUUCUCGGCGGAGGAGGAGGAGGAGGAGGAGGAGGAGGAGCAGGAGGAAAGACGGCAACAGCACAAACAGCAGCAGCAGCAACAACAGCAGCGGCAGCCUUUUCGCGCGGUGUAUUUAAACGGAGCGGCGCAGGAGAACGACGGCGUGGCCAUGAGGGAAAUCGUACAGCAGCUCGGCAUCACGGGGGCUGCCACGCAAGGCUCCGUGUACACCAGCAACCUCGCGAUGAUGGUAGACUCGAUGAAGACGGGCGCAGUUAACGGAGUGCCCGUGAUUUUCAUUCUAGAUGAGUUCGAGCGUUUCGCCUGCCGGAAGCCUCAGACGCUGCUCUACGCUUUGCUGGACUUGUGUCAGGAUAAGACCAUUUGCGCUGCUGUGGUGGGCCUUUCGGUCAACCUCAACGUCCUGGACGUGGCAGAGAAGAGAGUCAAGUCCAGAUUCUCCUUCCGGCAGAUAGGCUUCCCGGGCCAAGACCUCGACACCAUCGUUUCGAUCCUUGCGGGCGCUCUCACGUUGCCCGGAGGAAGCAACGAAGACGACGACGACGACGACGAGGGCAGCGAAUCUCCCCCGCCACCCCCAGGCGUCUCCGCCGCUUCCGCCCGAGAAUUCAACGCCGUCACCCGGCAGACCCUCGGCGGCGCCAAGAACGGCGUCACCUCCGCCGCCGCCGACAGCAGCGGCGGCGGCGGCGGCAGCAGCGGCGCGCAGCGAUCCGCUUCUUCGGCCCUGCCGGAUCUGAAGGAACUCGCGGCAUCGGGGAGGAGCGUGGGGUGGUUCCUGAGGCUGGCGUCUACCGCGGUGGGGCUGCUCAGGGACGACGAGAAGGGGGUGACGCGGAGGGCGCUGGCGAGGGCGGGGGAGAUGCUCGCGCCCGACUCGCACGCUCUGGCGCUACGGAGCUUGUCGGUGACCCAGGCCCUUGUGCUGGUUGCGAUGGUGAGGUUGGAGCGUAGGGGACGCAAGAAGGACGGCUGUUCGUUCGAGACCGUUUUUCGAGAGUACGGGUCGUACCUGCGGGAGUUUCGAACGUGCCACUUACGCUUCUCUCGUGCCAUGAUCUUCAAAGCCUUCAGCCAGCUGGUGGAGCAAGGCGCUCUGCGAUCGGCAGAGCCUGGAACCGGUGGCGGGCGCGAGGCGCACCCCGUGCUCCACUGCCGGUUCCGGAGCCAUUUCGACAUCGAGCAGGUGGAGCGCGCGCUGGAGAAAAACGUCAUUAACGCCCCCACCAACGUGGCUCGGUGGUGCAAGAGGUGGCAGAGGCAGUAGGAGUUAAGGCUCUAGCAACCGUACGGUCCUGAUCGUUGGUGGCUAUUCGGGAGUAUAUUGAUCGAUGAAUGUAUCGAUCGAGCAGUAGAUGUAAUGUCGAUCGUCGUGAGAGCGAGACUCUUUGUCUGCCCAAAGCAAACUUGUGUUUUCAUCGUCGGAGAGAUUGAACUUUUGGCCUGGUGUAAAAGAGCAGCCAACCCCUUUGUCAAAGCUAUUGCCGUUAGUUCCGGAUUAUAUCAGAGGUUUGUCCAGAGGGGUCAAGGGUUUAGAACAACCUAGAAUGAAUGUGAUGUUGGCUCUCACGAGCACACACGGUGGUCUCGUGAAUCGGCCCAGAACAUCAGUCUAGGAUGAAAGCGACGCGU